AUGGCCCAGGUCAACCUCGCUCCCGCCGCCAUGCCCGAGGGCAAGAAGCGCAUUGCCGUCAUGACUUCCGGAGGUGACUCUCAGGGAAUGUCUGGUGCUGUGCGUGCUGUCGUCCGCCAGACAAUCGCCUCGGGCUGCGAUGCAUUUGCCGUAUACGAAGGCUACGAAGGUCUCGUCCAGGGCGGAGACAUGAUCAAGCAAAUGAAGUGGGAAGACGUCCGCGGAUGGCUCUCAGAAGGCGGUACUCUUAUCGGAACAGCCAGAUGCAUGUCGUUCAAGGAACGUCCCGGCAGACUGCAAGCGGCCAAGAACAUGAUUGACAAGGGCAUCGACGCUCUGGUUGUCUGUGGUGGUGACGGCAGUUUGACUGGUGCAGACAGAUUCAGAGGCGAGUGGCCCAGUCUGGUCGAGGAGCUUGUUUCCAACGGCACCUUCAAGCAGGAGGCCGUCGAGCCUUUCAAGCACCUCAACAUUGUCGGUCUGGUCGGUUCCAUCGACAACGACUUGGCCGGCACCGAUGCCACCAUUGGAUGCUACUCAUCGCUGCAGCGUAUCUGCCAAGCUGUAGACUACAUCGAUGCUACUGCCUUCUCUCACCAGCGUGCCUUCGUUAUCGAGGUCAUGGGCAGACACUGUGGUUGGCUCGCCCUGAUGGCCGGUGUUUCGACCGGUGCCGACUUCGUCUUCCUUCCCGAGAACCCUCCGUCGGAGAACUGGGAGACUGAGAUGUGCGACGUUGUGAAGCGUCAUCGCAAGCUCGGAAAGAGAAAGACCAUUGUCAUUGUUGCUGAGGGAGCCCACGACCGUCAGCUCAACGCCAUCUCGCCCGACAAGGUGAAGGACCUGCUUGCUGGCAAGCUCGGCCUCGACACCAGAGUCACCACCCUUGGUCACGUCCAGCGCGGUGGUACUGCCGUUGCAUACGACCGUAUGUUGUCCACCCUGCAGGGUGUUGAGGCUGUCAAGGCUGUCCUUGACUCGACCCCUGAGACCCCUAGUCCUGUCAUUUGCAUUGUCGAAAACAAGAUUGUUCGCAAGUCGUUGAUGGAGGCUGUCAAGUUGACCCAGUCCGUCGCUGAGGCCAUCGAGCGCAAGGACUUCCAGUCCGCCAUGAAGCUCAGAGGUGCCGAGUUCGACGAGUACUGGACUGCAUACAGCACCACUGUCUCCACCGAUAAGAAGGAGCUGCUUCUUCCCGAGGAGAAGCGUCUCCGUGUUGGUAUCAUCCACGUUGGAGCCCCCGCCGGUGGUAUGAACGCUGCCACUCGUGCCGCCACCGCCUACUGUCUCACCCGCGGCCACACGCCUAUCGCCCUCCACAACGGUUUCCCUGGCCUGGCCCGCCACUACAAGGAUGAGGAGAGCUCCGUCCGUGAGAUCAAGUGGCUCGAUGCCGAGAACUGGGCCAGCAAGGGUGGUUCUGAAAUCGGUACCAACCGUGCGACUCCCUCUGAAGACUACGACGGUGUCUCGGACGCCCUCACAUACCACAAGAUUGAUGCUCUCUUCGUUGUCGGUGGAUUCGAGGCUUUCACUGCCGUCUCCGAGCUUCGCAAGGCCAGACGCGAUUACGAUGCCUUCAAGAUUCCCAUCGUCAUUCUUCCCGCAACUGUUUCCAACAACGUCCCUGGUACCGAAUACUCCAUUGGUAGCGACACCUGCUUGAACGCCCUGAUCGACUACUGUGAUGCCAUCAAGCAAUCUGCCGCUGCCUCGCGCCGUCGUGUCUUCGUCGUCGAGACACAGGGUGGUGCUUCCGGUUACAUUGCCACCAUUGCCGGUCUCUCCAUCGGUGCCGUCGCUGUCUACACGCCCGAAGAGGGUAUCCACCUCAAGAUGAUCGCCUCAGACAUCGAGCACUUGAAAGAGCAAUUUGCCAAGGACAAGGGCCAGAACCGCAGCGGUAAGAUCAUCCUCCGCAACGAAAAGGCAUCCAAGACCUACACCACCGAAAUCAUCGCCAACAUCAUCCGCGAGGAGAGCGGCGGCAAAUUCGACUCCCGUUUCGCCGUGCCUGGUCACGUUCAACAGGGUGGUAUUCCCUCACCUAUGGACCGUGUCCGCGCCGUCCGUUUCGGAGUCAAGAGUAUGCAGCACAUUGAAUCCUUUGCCGGCAAGUCCAAGGACGAAAUCGCCAAGGACCCUCUGUCGUGCUCGGUGAUAGGAAUCACUGGCGCUCAAGUACAGUUCUCGGCCAUGGAGAAGGUUGAGAAGGAAGAGACUGACUGGAAGGACCGCCGCCCCAAGAACGAGUUCUGGAUGGACCUUGUCAGUAUUGUGGACACGUUGAGUGGUCGUCCUCGUCCCAAGAAGGAGGACGCCAUUGCUGCUGGUCUGCCUGCUUAG